UUCGCUCUCCCCAAACUACCUUAAUUCUGAAUCCUUAUAAACAUAGGUGUCUCCUUCUUGUUAAAUAGAUGAUUCGAGGAAUUUAGAGCCAUGAAGAGAGGUGAAAGUUCUGGUGGUGGUCAGAGUUCACUGGGCUACUUGUUUGGGUCUGAUCAGCAACCAAAUGCAUCGCCAGCCUCUCCAGUGGUUUACAAACCGCCAUGGGGUGAUGAUAACAGCACAGAAAGAGCACCCAUCGUUUCUGCACCUUCCUCGAAAUCAAACAGAUCCAACAACUAUCCCAGAGCUCAUGGCCAGAAUGUAGGAAACAUCAUUACUGAGCGUCCAACUACAAAGGUUCAAUCAGUUCCUGGGGGAGACUCAUCUCUCGGCUACUUGUUUGGAGAAAAGUGAUGUUACUCUCUCCCACUCUCUCUCUAGUGGAUUAUGAAGUACAGUUGUGGGUUUCCACCGAGUAAAAUAAGGGCUUCAGUUUCCAUCAGUAAAUGGGUUCACUGAGUGCCUUGCUGUUGUUUGAUUUAGUAUAGAUAUGGAAAGGGGUUAUAUUCAUGAGACAAAGACAAUAGUUGGGGUUUCUAAACUUAUUCUCAAUGCAUGUGUAUAUUUUUUCCAUAUAUUUAUGGUGAUGUUUUUUGCUCUUAAUAUGUUGAAGGAUGAGAAUGAUACUUCCCUUAUUUAGCUUUGUUCA